AGAGCCGUCUUCACCGAAACAAAUAUCUGGAGCCACCAUCACAGUCUUCAACGGCGACUUCUUCGAUCGCCGGAAGGUAUUUUCUGAUGAAACGCGGCGAGAAAUUUGCAGAGAGAGCAAUCUUAACUGCUUUACAGGGGAAAUCGUGUCCGAUAUGCCUCGAAAAUCUAACUGAGCGACGAUCCGCCGCCGUGAUAACGGCGUGCAAGCACGGAUACUGUCUUGCUUGUAUUCGGAAGUGGAGCGGCUUCAAGAGGAAUUGUCCUCUCUGCAACACUCUUUUUGAUUCCUGGUUUAUCGUCAGUGAUGUUGCUUCUAGAAAAUGCCACAAGGAGCAUUUACCGAUUCUUCGUGAUCGUGAGACUUUAACUUAUCAUCGGGAUAAUUCUUCCGGUCGCCGGAGGUCGAGGGAUGUUUUGGAUAACUCUAGCUCAAGAUCAAGGCCAUUGCCAUGGCGGAGAUCAUUUGGACGGCCAGGUUCAGUUCCUGAUUCUAUCAUCUUCCAGCGAAAGCUUCAGUGGCGAGCUAGCAUAUACAAUAAGCAAUUACGAGCUGUUCGAUUACAUUCGAGGCGCUUGGAACUAAGUUUGGCGGUGAAUGAUCACACCAAAGCAAAGAUAACUGAAAGAAUUGAGCCAUGGAUUAGAAGAGAGCUUCAGGCAGUCCUUGGAGAUCCUGAUCCAUCAAUUAUUGUUCAUUUUGCGUCAGCUCUUUUCAUCAAAAGGCUUGAGAGAGAGAAUAAUCGACAAUCCGGGCAGACCGGGAUGUUGGUGGAAGACGAAGUCUCCUCUCUCCGAAAAUUCUUGUCUGAUAAGGUGGAUAUAUUUUGGCAUGAACUAAGAUGUUUCGCGGAGAGUAUUCUCACGAUGGAGACGUAUGAUGCAGUGGUUGAAUACAAUGAGGAUAUGUAUUAUGUGGGUUUGGUUUCACUAGAUAACCGAGCACUAUGCUCUCGCCAAAUGAAGCAAAUGGACAGACUUACAACACGACUGUUAGUCUCUUGGAAGUUCAAUAGUGGAAAGAGUGGACCAGUGAGGAGGCUGGUUUCGUCUAAAGCAAUGAAAUGUUUCUACUUCAGCAAAGACAAAACUCAGGAUGAUGAAGCUAAGACGAGAAAGUUUGGUUCUGCUACGAUGGCUAGAGGAGGAUCAGGGUCUGAGUUUAACUCUGAUACAAGUACUGCUACUUCCAUUACUUCUUCCUUGCACGUUCUCUCAGAGACACACAGUAAUAAUCUCAAAGUCUUUGCCCUCGAUGACCUUAAAACCGCUACCAAGAAUUUCAGCCGCUCCUUGAUGAUCGGUGAAGGUGGCUUUGGCGGUGUGUUUCGUGGUGUGAUUCAGAACCCUCAAGAUUCUCGUAAAAAGAUUGAAAUUGCAGGGCAUAAAGAAUGGGUGACAGAGGUAAAUGUACUGGGAGUAGUGGAGCAUCCGAAUCUGGUGAAGCUGAUCGGUUAUUGCGCUGAGGAUGAUGAGAGAGGGAUCCAACGGCUACUUGUUUACGAAUACGUACCAAACAGAAGUGUUCAAGACCAUUUAUCCAAUCGUUUUAUUGUCACUCCGCUCCCUUGGUCCACCAGAUUAAAGAUUGCUCAGGACACUGCUCGAGGACUCGCUUAUCUUCAUCAAGGCAUGGAGUUUCAGAUCAUCUUUAGGGAUUUCAAAUCCUCCAAUAUUCUUCUUGAUGAGAAUUGGAAUGCAAAACUCUCGGAUUUCGGACUGGCUCGAAUGGGUCCUUCUGAUGGAAUCACUCACGUCUCCACUGCGGUUGUAGGGACCAUUGGUUAUGCAGCACCUGAAUACAUCCAAACAGGACACCUCACGGCCAAGAGCGACGUGUGGAGCUACGGAAUCUUUCUAUAUGAACUCAUCACAGGAAGACGGCCUUUCGACCGUAACCGCCCAAGAAACGAGCAGAACAUCUUGGAGUGGAUAAGACCACACUUGUCCGACAUAAAGAAGUUCAAGAUGAUCAUCGACCCAAGACUUGAAGGAAACUACUACCUCAAAUCAGCAUUGAAGCUAGCUGCGGUUGCAAACCGGUGUUUGAUGGUGAAGGCGAAGGCGAGGCCAACGAUGAGUCAGGUUUCAGAGAUGUUAGAAAGGAUAGUGGAAACAUCAGAUGGUGCUCCUUCAGGACUACCAUUGAUGAAAAGCUUGACACCUAAAGAUGCAUUCGAGGCCUCAAGAAGAGAGAGACUCAAAUCCGUCCUCGGUCUCAAAAACUGUAUCGUCGACGAUCCUAAUCGCUGCAUUCCGAUAUCUGCCAUCUCCAAGAAGACGCGUCAAUUCGAUGUAUCAACCAAAAUCGCUCAGUUUUUAAGGAAGUUUCCCUCAAUCUUUGAGGAGUUCGUUGGUCCAGAGUAUAAUCUACCAUGGUUUAGAUUGACACCAGAAGCUACAGAGCUCGAUAGGCAAGAGAGAAUCGUUUACCAAACUUCUGCAGAGGAUUUGCGUGAUAGGUUGAAGAAAUUGAUUUUGAUGAGUAAAGAUAAUGUUUUGCCACUAAGUAUAGUUCAAGGAAUGAAAUGGUAUUUAGGUUUACCUGAUGAUUACUUGCAAUUUCCAGAGAUGAAUUUAGAUUCUUCGUUUAGGUUUGUGGAUAUGGAAGAUGGUGUUAAAGGUUUAGCAGUAGACUAUAAUGGAGAUAAGGUUUUGUCUGUGUUGCAGAAGAAUGCAAUGAAGAAGAGAGGAAGAAGAGAGGAAGAAGUGAAUUUAGAAGAGAUUGAGUUUCCUCUGUUUCCAUCAAAAGGUUGUAGAUUGAGAGUCAAAAUUGAAGAUUGGUUAAAAGAGUUUCAAAAGCUUCCUUAUGUAUCACCAUAUGAUGAUUAUUCAUGUUUGGAUCCAAGUAGUGAUGUAGCAGAGAAGAGAGUUGUUGGGUUUCUUCAUGAAUUGCUUUGUCUUUUCGUUGAGCAUUCCGCUGAAAGGAAGAAGUUGUUAUGUCUCAAGAAGUUUUUCGGAUUGCCGCAAAAGGUUCAUAAGGCAUUUGAGAGACAUCCGCAGAUUUUUUACUUGUCUAUGAAGAAUAAAACUUGUACAGCUAUUCUUAGAGAGCCUUAUAGAGAUAAAGCCAGUGUUGAAACACAUCCUGUGUUAGCUGUAAGGAAGAAAUACAUCCAGUUGAUGAAGAAUUCAGAGUUGAUUCUGAAGAGUAGAAGGAAUCGUUUCGGGUUUAGGGACGAAGGGAUUGUAGAGAAAGAUUUGGAUUUGGAUUUUGAAGGCUAAGGCAAAAUAUUGUACCUUACAAGAAUCAGUUUAUGACCGAUCUUUAUUAAUCAACUUUCAAACCAGUUUUAAGAUGCAGAUCAUCACUCAGGAUAUUACAAAAGCUUUGAAUGCAAGAAUGAAUUGCUAUACGAAAA